AUGGACACAAUUGUUUCUUCAUCAAAUCAACCAGCUUUAUUUAGUAAAAAUAUUUAUUUAAGAAUAAUAACAAAUAUUAAAACAGAUGAAAAAUGUCGAAAUGUUCAUGUAACAGUUGAAUUUCAAACAGCAAGUUCAUUACAAACAGAAUUCGUUCUUAAAUUAACUGAUGAAGAUGAUCCAUUUUUUCUUUAUGAACUUCAUUUAAAUGUUGAUGAUUUUAAAAAUUUAAAACGAGAACAAGGUGUAUUAGUUGAUUUUAAUGCAUUCCCUCAACAUGUUAUUGAUUAUUUAAAGUUAUGUAUACGUGAUCAACAUAAUGAUACGACACCUGCUAAUGGUUCUCGUUUUCAAUUACAACUUGUUACUGAUGAACAACAAUUAACAAAUCAUCAAACACAUUUACGUGUUGUUGAAAUAAGUUCAUUUAAACAUCUUACACAUUUAUCUCUAUUAGUAACAUCAGCUAAUGAUUAUGAAAUAAAGAAUUAUCUUGCUAGACGUUUACAAUCAAAAACAAUGGAUUAUAAUCAAUUAAAUAAUGAUUAUGAAAAAUUAAAACGAGAACUUGAAUUAACACAAUUGGAAUUAAAAGAAAAAAAUACAAAUUUUGAAAAACUUACACGUGAAUGGGAUUCAAAUAAUAAUCAAAUUGUUGGAAGACAUAUGCAAGAAUUAGCAGAAGAAAAGGAAAAAGCUUUACAAGAACGAACAAGUAUACAAGAAAAAGUGGAAAAUGAUCGUCGUGAACUUGAACAAACACAUUUACGAAAUGUUCGUGAUAUGCAAAAACGUUUAUCUGAACUUGAAGAAACAACAAAAGAAUUAACUAGUUUAAAAUAUCGUAAUGAAAUAACAAUCAAUGAACUUAGUUCAAAAUUACAAACAUUAACUGAAGAAUAUCAACAAGCUAAAGAUGAAAUAAAUAAAUAUAGAAAAACAAAUACAACACUUGAAAAUGAUAUACAUCAAUAUGAAAAAACUGUUAAUCAUUUACGAACUAAAAUUGCACUUGUUGAACAAGAAGUUAAAAGUAAACACGAAGUUAUUCAACAAACAAAUGAUCGUAUUGCUAUUGAACAAGAAUCAAAAAAAAAAUAUGAAGAAACAGUUCAAUUAAAAAUGGAAAAAAUGUUAGAAUUAAAACGAGAUUUAGCUAAAGGUAAUGAAAUAAUUAUACGAUUUGGUAAUGAUUUAGAAAAAUGUAAAAGUGAUUUACAAAAAUAUCAACAAGAAUUAGCCAAAAGUCGUGAAAAAAUGAAAACAAAAGAUCAAAUAGCAACAAAACAAGAACGUAUAUUACAAGAAAAAGAACGUGAAUUAGCAACAUUACAAAAAGAAAAUGUUGAAUUAACAAAUAAAUUAGAAAAAUCUAAUGAUACAUAUCAAAAAUUAACUGAACAACACAAUGAAGCAAAAGAUUUAUUAAAAAAAAAUGAAGCUUUAAUUAAUUAUCUUAAUCAUAAAUUAACUGAAUUACAAAAUAUUCAACCACAACAAGCACGUUUAUUAAAUGGUAAUAUGACACUUGAUUCAUCAUCAGCAACAACAACAACAACUUCAAAUCAUUUUCGUCCAACAUCAUUUUUAACAAAUUCACAAACCAAUGGUGAAUUACAUUCGAUGAGACAUGUUUCACAAUUUCCUAGUCUACAAACACAUUAUGAACCAAUGAAUAAAUCUCAGGGAACAACAUGGAAUAGUUCAACGACGGGUCAUAAUCAACAUAUGAUGAGUAGUACUCAAAUGCCAGUCUCAUCAUCAACAUUAAAUACUUCAACAUCAGCUGCUGUAAAACAUUAUUCAGCAAGUAAUAAUGAUUUAAAAGAUAAUAUUGAACAAAAUUCAAUGAAUCCGCCGGUUAGUUCAAAAAUUGAUCCAAAAUAUUUUCAAUUUAGUUCAACAAGUGGUACAACAAUGACAACUGGUAAUCUACCACUUCGAUCUUCUAUGUCAGCUGGUAAUGUUCAAAAUUCAUCACGUGCUAAUACAACAACAACAACUGCAGUAAUAAAUAAACCAUUGUCAACUCAACAAAAUCGAUCUGUUCGUCAACAAUCCGUAAAUACAACUCCUCUUGCUUCAGCUUAUUCGUCAGAAAAACAAAUGUAA